AUGGGGAGCUUAAAGAUAACGAUGGAGCCUCUCUCGGAGGGGAACUACCACUCCUGGUCGAUCAAGAUGAAGAGUUAUCUGAUCACCAAGAGUCUGUGGAAGGGAGUAACGGAUCCUUCAGCAAACGCUGAGGAGUCAGAGCAGGCGUUGGCACUGAUCACGUUGAACGUGGCAGAUCAUCUGCUCGGGAGCCUGUCAGAGCUUGCAAACGCUGGGAAAGCGUGGAAGCAGCUGGAGAGUACUUUCAAGAGCAAGAGCGUGGCUCGGAAGUUGCAGCUAAAGAGGGAGCUGCAGACACUCAAGAUGAAGGGAGAGGAGAGUGACACUAAUCUCUUCCGGGACUCCUACGCCUUCCUCUCGUGCCCCGAGCUGAACACGAGCUUCCACGAGACCACCUACAAUCGAUCCCUCACCAACGCCAUUGCACCGGCGGUGUCCAACGCGUUCGCGAGGCUGGCGAUGUUUGGGGAGUCUGGCGGAGUGACUUUCUACUCGACCAACACGGCGACCAUGGUCAGGAAGGUCUUCAAACCGCCCCUAGCCAAGCUGGAUCAGAUGGAGUUUAUGUGGCUGCGCAAGGACGGAACGCCUAGUCGCAAGAUGGGGAAGACCACCCUCAACGCAGAGAAGUUUCUGCUCCCCAUAUCGGGGGACGAGCUGAGCUUUAGGGAAGCCCCCUGGAACCAGAACCUGACUGGUGGAAACUGCUACUCGUUCAGUCUCAACACAGACAAGGCGUCGGCGACCGAGAAACCGCAGCCGGGAGACAUCGCGGUCGUCUAUUCGGACAUGCACGAGCCCUACAAACUGCUCGAGCCCUUUGAUCUGACCGACUGCACCACGUUGCAGAGGCGGGUCAUGGCAGACGGUAUCGCGAUGAAACGCAUCAUGGACAGAAGCAAUGACGGAGAGCUCUUCGAUCACCUGAAGACCGUGAUACGAAUCGGCAAGAUGAAUGACAAGCCGCCGAGGGGCACGUACAAGAUAGCAGCGGUGAUAGACAAGGGCAACGACUAUCAUUUCUUCAGGCAGGACGUGUUGGACAUCUACAACCUCUAUACGUGUCCGAUCUACGUCUACAGGAACGGCAAGACCUUCUCGGCCCCCAAGAACCCUUACCAAGUCUUGCAGAUCGAUGCCUUCACGAGCGGCAACUCUAUAAUGGACAUGUACGACAGCAAGAGAAGGUACGACGAAGCGACGAAAGAUGCCUUCAAGAAGUUGACACGCGACUUUGGCCCGGCCUUCGAGGGAGCUCCCGCUCAUCUCAACAGGGCGAUCACCAACGUCACCAUACACGUGCGUCGCAUGCCCAGAUACGUCAUAGAAGAAGGAAAUCUCAUCGUGGACCCAUUCUGGCUCCUCGACACCCCCGACGAUGGCACGGGACUCAAGAAGAAAGGAGACGCGCUGUACGACUUCUUCGUGAGGACCGAUCGGCAGUUGCACGCCCUGACGGUGCAGGCGGCCCUCCGCGAUUGCGAGCGCAUACUCCGCGACCGCACUCUGGCUCCUCAGAAGCACCAGCUGAUAGGGCUCUGGAGUCAGAAGCUCGGCUUCGCGACUCCGGCCAUCAACACGGACGGCUUCAUGAAGCUCAUCUUUGACCCGAGGCGAGCCAUGAGGCAAUUCGGAAACGGCUCUAGCGGCUUCCAGUACAAGGUGUUCUGCACCGCCUUCUACGUGGACAGGAACCACGGCAUCACGAGCGUCCCCCAAGGUCUCGGAGAGUUCGGCCUCGCGUGA